AUGGAUUGCGAUGUGGUGGUAGUUGGGGCAGGGCCAGUCGGCUUGACUUUGGCCCUCAUCCUGCAUCAGCUUGGUCACAAAGUACAAGUCCUUGAGCGGCAUGUGGAACAUUUCAAACAGCCACGGGCAGUUGGAAUCUACCACCAGGCCCUUCGUCUUUACAAAGAUUUGAGACUUUUCGACGAGAUGGUCAAAGAAAAGGCUUUUCAGGACGUCUCGGAUUUUCUGUCCGACACAGCAGAACUAGUAGACGAGAACGGACAGGUCCUGGCUGCUUUUCCCUUUACCUCUGCGACCUCCCGCUCUGGGACCGCAAGCUCGCUUGCUUUGCAUCAGCCUACAUACGAACGUGUUCUGGAGCAGGCUUGUCGGGACCGAGGCGUACCCGUCCGGAGAGGCAUAGAGGUCAUAACUGUCGAGGAUCUUGGUGAUAGCGUCAAGGUCCUAUUUGGGAACGCUGUGAAAGGAAAGACGGUGUCGGAACUAUCAGGGACCGUGCAGGCCAAAUUCGUUGCCGGCUGUGAUGGUGCUAACAGCAUCGUUCGACGAUCGGCCGGUGUCACCUUCAUACCUUUAGAAGGCGCGAACUCCAGGUGGCUCGUUGUCGACAUUAUCCCCAAGAAUCCCGAAGCACCUUUCAAGUGGACAGAUGUUCGCCAAGCUAGGCAGUACCUCGAUUACCGGCGUCCUAGAACAUCCGUGCCUUCACCCCUCAACAGGCGUCGGUGGGAAUUCAUGGUUCUUCCAGAGGAGUCCCCGGAAGCGGUGGUGGACGACGCAUUUAUAUGGACGCUAUUGGGUGGCUACUACGGCUGCACACCUAGCUCUGCAGAAAUUGAGAGGAAAACAGUCUAUCCUCUGAAGGGCGGAUGGGUGGACACCUUUGUCAAGGGCCGGAUCGCUUUGGCUGGUGAUGCAUCCCACCUCGCACCUCAGUUUCUAGGUCAGGGCCUGAAUUCGGGGUUGCGGGACGCAAAAAGCCUCUCCUGGAGACUCGACUUCGCUCUGAAGUACCCAGAUGAAAACUGGGCAAAGCUGCUACAAGAUUAUUCUACAGAACAGUUGGGUGUAACCAAAGUGUUCGUUACCGCGGCUAUCGAGACAGAGAAAUUAUACACCAUCACCGAUCCCGCUGAAGCGAGAGCCCGCAACGAAGCCGUGAAGGCUGGCCGCAUCCCCCCGCCUCCAAAUUUGGAGAUUUUGGAAUCAUCGGGAAUGUUCUUCAAGCCCGAGGGACUGGAUCCGGUCCCUGGAGAAGACGGUCCAGGGAGUCUCUUUAUGAAUGCUCCUGUCUCGAAAGAUGACAAGCAAGAUCUGUUUGACCAGGUCGUUGGGACUGGCUGGGUGUUGAUCGGUGUAAACCAUGACCCUCUUGCUGCUUUGAGCAUGCAGACCGUUGCUGACUACAAGCAAUAUCUGCGGGGUCUAGCCGCUCAUUUUGGCCCCGGUGGACUCACCGAUCUAUCUGGAAGUUACCAGAAGUGGUUCUCAAAACAUGAAGCUGCGGCUGUACUUGUUAGGCCCGACUAUUACCUAUUUGGGAUUGUGAAGGAGAGAGCUAACAUCGAUACAAUGAUCAAAGCCGCUAUUGAUCAUAUUCGGACAUAG